GAGUGACACUUCUUCCCUUCGGAGCCACUCGUUCCCUCUUUGGGAGGAAGGACUCGCUUGUCGUGAGGGGCUCGGGAGACGGAGGCCGAGGCGGGAAUCAGCCUUGGACCCCAGCCCUCACCUCGACGCAACGCAGGGUGACAAAAGAGGGCGCUGUUGUUGUGUCCCCUGGAUACCCCGUACUUACCUUAAGACGGACGCUUAAUGAAACAGGCGCCUGUCUCACCAAAGCUCUGCAUAUCACAGGAGGCACAAGCAAAGGUGCUCACUUUCGAGGGAGAGGGAGGACUGGUGGAGACCAGCCUGCUGCGAAUACUCCUCCAGAGAGACUCCUCACCUGCCUGUCCUCAGCCCUACAAUGAGAUCUACUCUGCACGACGCCGCCUUCGCCCGCUCAACUGCAGGCCUAUUUGAUGCCAGACCGUGGCAGCGCUUGCUCUUCGCUACCCUUCUGGCGGCUCUUGCGGGUUUAGCAGACGUCGAAGCCGAAGAGUCGAGUCCUGUCAACGGCUUCGGCUUGUCAGGUUGGCUUGGCACCGCCUCUGGCAACGCAUUCGCAGAAGCCUCGCCGGGGACCGCGUCGAGGGCAGGGUCCGCCAGAGGGCGAGGCGGGCCUACGGCGACGGGGGAACUCGGGUAUGGACGCCUGGAAGCUUUCUGGGCUGCGGUGUGGGGGUUAUCAAGCGUCGAAACUGAAGAGUCCGGUCUUGAAUCGUCUGGCCACGGCUUCGGCUCCACAGAUUGGCUUGGCUCCGGCUCCGGCAACACAUUCGGAGAAGAUACGAAGGAGGAGCAGAAAGAGACCCCCCCUGACUGCCUCUCGACCCCCUUCGGAUGCUGCGCCGACACCUUCACCGCCGCCCACGGGGAGCACGACGAGGGCUGCUGCCUGACCACCGAGUUCGGAUGCUGCCCCGAUAAUCUCGGCGUGGCCGCGGGGCCCGCGUUCCAAGGUUGUGGCUGCGAAUUCAGCCUCUACGGCUGCUGUCCGGAUAAGGAGACGGUCGCCCAGGGGCCGGCCCACGAGGGGUGCGGGUGCCAGUACACGGCGCAUGGCUGCUGUCCGGAUAAGGAGACUCCUGCGGGCAGUCCGGACCAGGAGGAGAGAUGCCCGUGCCACACCUUCCCGUUCGGAUGUUGUCCGGACGGGCUGGGCAUCGCCCGGGGGCCCAGUGGCCAAGGCUGCAGCUGCCAGCACUCCCUUCACGGCUGCUGCCCCGACGGAGCGACGCCCGCCAGCGGUCCUAGUCUAGGAGGCUGCGGGUGCAAAGCUUCCCAGUUCGGCUGCUGCCCGGACGGCGUCACGGAGGCUUCCGGGAAGUUCCUCAGUGGUUGUGAAGAGGCACCGGGGGAGCUGCGGAUCCCCGGAGAGGUGUGCGGUCUACCCAAAGACCGCGGUCCAUGCGUCAACUUCACAGUUAAAUGGUUCUUCGACGUGGAGUUCGGAGACUGCAGUCGCUUCUGGUACGGGGGCUGUGAAGGGAACCUCAACCGGUUCGGCUCCCGGGAGGAGUGUGCUGCCGCCUGCGUCGAUCCCGAGGGAGAGGAAGCCUGCCGCCUUCCCCGCGCGAUAGGGCCCUGUUCCGGCUCCAAGCCGUCCUGGUACCAUGACACCAACGUCGGAGCCUGCAGGUUCUUCGAGUAUGGCGGCUGCUUAGGAAACAGCAACAGGUUUGCAGACAAACAGACUUGCGAAGAGAAGUGCGAGAGUACUGAGUCUUGCUUCCUGCCCCAAGACUCAGGACCCUGCACGGACCACCAGGUGCGCUGGUACUACGAGAGCACAAGCGGCGUCUGCAGGCCGUUCCUCUACGGGGGCUGCCAUGGCAACGGGAACCGCUUCUUCAGCAGGGCGAGCUGCGAGCGCCGCUGCGGGACGGGCGUGGACCUGUGUGAGUUGCCCUUAGUCGCGGGCUCCUGCAGCGGCAGCUUCAGGCAGUACUUCUACGACAGAGAGAGCGACGAGUGCUUCGAAUUCUCCUACGGAGGCUGUGCAGGAAACAAGAACAGGUUCGACUCCCUCCGCCUGUGCCAGCAGCGUUGCAGGAAGAGAGGAUCGCCGACGACAACCUCGGCCCCGGAGGAUCGCUCGACUAAAAGAGUGGAGGGUGUCUCCGUCCACCCCAGCUGCACAGACAACCCCUUCUUCGAGAAUUGCAAGAUGAUCGUGCGAGCGAGGUACUGCAGGCACAAGUACUACUCAAAGUUCUGUUGCAGAUCCUGCACGUUAGCGGGGCAACUACCGUCUGCCAGGCCGCGUCUGGAGUAUGUCAAGAAGUAGAUCGGCCGAUGACGGGAAGGAAAUGAAUGAGAAUGAGAGUUGAAUGUGCGCGUGCGAGACGAGUAGCCCCGCCCGAAGCCUGAGCUCAAAAAGGCCUCUGAAAAUUCGGAUUCUCAACGCGGCUCCGCUGUUCGAAAUCAAGCAGAGUGGGUCACGCUUCCCUCUGCCGCCUCUAAAGCAGUCUUUCUAGAUCUCAACGCCGUUUGAAGCAGCUGUGGAAAGAGCUCUCUUUUGUGGGAAAGACAUCCUACGCCCUACGUAAAGAGGUCUUUCAAAUUCUGAUUUUGGAAACCUUUCUUAUAAUGCAGCCAAGUUCUGUCACAAGAAUUUCAGCAGAAAGUUCACGAUUUUCCUUUCUCCCUGAGUGUGUGUGUGUGUGUGUGUGUGUGUGUGUGUGUGUGUGUGUGUGUUUGUG